UGCGAUAACUUGUGCUGUCAGCUACAACCAGGAACUGUAAGAUAAAUACUUGUUAAUUAUGCGCAAAUAGUAGAUAACUUGCCGGAAUAAGAUGAGAAACGAUAACAGAUGAUAAAAGAGUCAUAUGAAAGACUUUGGAAUCUUUUAGUCUUGGUUUUAGCUCAAAUCAACGACCAUAGAUUAGCUAACUGAGUUAUUGCAAUGCUUCACGUCAUUAGCCGGCUAGCUGACUAAACCCCCGGGUUAGGAGUUCUGUCCUCACAGGUAAAACAAAAGAGUGACCCGAGUAUGGAGAAUAGCACCAUUUAUGUCCGUGAAAGAGGCAACCUUCGGCGUGUUAGCGGCAUAGUCUUAGCCCAGCCAAAGCCAGUGUCAUCAUGCAGAAGGACAAACCCUUUAGUGCUGAGAAAAGAGCACUUCAUAUUCACCUACAAUGCAGAGGGAAGUCUGAGAUACACCACAAAAUCUCUCUUUGACAUCACGCUGCUAUUCGUAGCUGACAACAUUCACCAUGUAGACUCUCUGGUGGGCUUCCCCGAGCAAAUAGGUGACAGGCUUUUUGCAGCAGCAGAGGAGAAUCGUGCAUUUUUGAACGCAGACAUUUCUCCAAAAGCCCUGCGGUUAUUCAGUGAUGCCUAUGGGGAGAUGGUGCUUGGAUCCCUCUGUCUGAGAAAUAGAUUUCCACUCUUGCAUGAGAGGAUGGAUGAAAUAAAAACAUUUCAUAGUUUGAAGUCUCUGGAUCUGUUUGGCUGCAGACUGGGUGAUGAUCACGAGAUAUUCCUGCAUCUAACAUCCAGCUCAUUGGCAAGCAGCCUGAUUCAGCUUUUCAUUGGUGGUAACUGUCUGUCAGAUGCCGGCCUACAAAGACUGACUGCACCUGUCCGCAUCAUGAGGAAGGGACUGGACUGUCUUCAGUUCCUUGAUGUUUCCUAUAACCCUAUCUCAGAGAGGGCUCUCAGAUACCUCACAUGCCUCCCCAAACUUGAAAAACUUGAUGCAUCUGGGACCGGUUUGAAGCUUGGUACAAGACUGAAGACAAUCAUGCAGGACCUGCUGGGGCUCACUUAUUCUGAGAAACCACUGGAGACCUUUGAUCACACGAGAUGUAAAACAGAAGGUUGGGCAGAGCAGGUUGUAAACCAGUGGGAAACAAAUGGCUCACAAAUGUCAAAACAGAAGAAAAUUGAUGAAUCCAGGACAUCAGCGCUUCGCUUUUUUGGCAGGCAGAAGUUUGUCAGAGACGUACUGAAUGCAUCACCACUGGUAUGUGAGAAUGAGGAAGAGGCCAAGAGAGAGAGACUGCAUUUCUGCAGACCUGCAGCAACUGGUCACGUACCGGAGAAACAGACUGCUUCCACAACAAAUCAUCAAGCGAAGCCUUCAUGGCACAAUUUCAAAAAAAGGCAACGUCAGUCAGAAAGGUGCGACAGCUCACAUCAGAGCCCUCCAGCAAAGCGUUUGUCCUCCUCUGCCUUUACUGCUGAGGACGUCGAGUUGUUGAACAGCUACUGAGGUAUGCGUCCGUGCAUGCCACAGAGCAUGAGCGUGUUGGUUAUCAGUAAACAUUCACGCUCAAAUAAAGAACAAUAUUUACCAAGAUGACUCACACUUGCGAACUGUAAACUCUUUGUUGGAUAUAGAUAGCAUUGUUUGUAUUUUUAUAAAUAAAUGAAUAAGUUUUGCUU